AUGGAGCCCGUGGAUACCCCACGACACACUUUAAAGCCGGUGUCACCCGUGGAUACUCCACGACCAACUUCAAAUCCUACGUUACCUUACCAACAAGCAACAACUCCCUUGACAGCUACGGCGCUUGAGAAGCUCGACUCUGAGCAAGGACUGAAGAAGGAGAGACCUGGAGUUUCCGAGACCGACAGCUUACGUAGAGCUACGUCUCAGACGGAAGAAGCAGCCUCGGACAUUGACGCCAUGAGUCUUGAGAAUGAUUCCCAGGAAGACCAAGCAUCCAGCAUUGCCCCGGACACUGAGGAGCCGCUACAAGAUCUCAACGAUACCGCCUAUCUUGAGCCUCCAUUCGACUCUACCUGGAACGAAUUCGAGCCAAAGUAUCUGGAGUGGAAGGAAUGGAAAGAUGAAAGAGACGCGCGGAUCGCUCAGUUUCUCCAGCUUCUGGCUGUAGGAACAGACAUCCAGAUUGAUACACCGCUCGACCCGCAUGACAACGCAAAGUGA